UUUCAAAAUGAAAAAUUAUUUUUGUAAAACUUUUAAUAAAAAAAAUUAAAAAUAAAAAAAUUUCCUUCCCCUCGGCCUUCCCUCGUCUAGGGCUUCUCGUCCUCCGACGACGACGACGCGAGCACGGCGAUCGGUGGUCCGGCGCGGCAAGCAACAAUGACGGCUGGAUACAUUGCCGGUUCCCUGGUUGGAUCAUUUGCCAUUGCUUACCUGUGUGACACAUUUGUUUCGGACAAGAAGGCAUUUGGAGGUAGCAUUCCAAAGACUGUUUCUGAGAAGGAGUGGUGGCUAGCCACCGACACCAAGUUCCAGGCCUGGCCUCGGACCGCUGGACCACCGGUCAUCAUGAAUCCCAUCAGCCGCCAGAACUUCAUCGUCAAGUCCGCUGAAUAGGCGAAACCGUGAGAGAAGCUGGUUCAGCGUCUUGUUUCCAUCACGGAGCUGAAGGUUAUUUUCUAGGUCUUAAAACUGUAAUAAGACAUUUUUGCAGUUUCAGUCAUAUCGGUGAGCAAAUUUUGGGGCUUACAGCUUACUUAACAUUUGAUGAGUUCUGUUCGUUUGUGAAAAUUACCUCCUAGGAGCAAAGAAUUGUAUUGUUCUCCUAUUUUGCUGUGUUCUUUUGCCAAUCUGCUGCUUAAGCUCAUUUUGUGGCGUUUCCUUGCCUUCUGUUUCCGCACUUUGGACCAGUGUUUGUGCAUGAUUUAUGCUUGAACCAGUAUUGGUGAAA